UAUUUUUUAAAAUUUAGGAUACAUUCCACCACUUGUAAAGUUCCUUAACAUCUUUCCACCACUUGUUUUAGCGAAUUUAACUCCAUUACAGUGAAUAAUCCAAAACUCAUUUACUUAUAUAGUCUUUUGGAUUAUCACAUGCGGCAAAAGUCUUGACUCUUGAUAACUCCAUCAUAGUAGUUUACUACUAAAAAACAAAAACAGAAAAAAAAAAAAAAAAAAAAAAAAAAAAGUGGACAAUACGAUCGACUUAAAUGCUUGCUUAUAUAAAGCAUUCAUCAUUUACUAUUUCUCCAUCAACAAAUCAAGAAGUUGAAAGAAAUCUCUGAAAAUGGCCGUAAGUUUCGUAACAACAUCUCCUGAGGAAGAAGAAGCCAAACCCAAACUAGGCCUUGGAAAUAUUCAAACUCCAUUAAUCUUCAAUCCUUCAAUGCUUAACCUUCAACCCAAUAUCCCUAACCAAUUCAUUUGGCCUGACGACGAAAAACCUUCCAUCGACGUACCCGAGCUUGAUGUUCCUCUCAUCGAUCUUCAAAACCUUCUCUCUGAUAAGGACUACUAUACUUCUGCUUCUCCUUCCUCCACUUUAGAAGCUUCCAGACAAAUCUCCGAGGCCUGUAAGAAGCACGGGUUCUUCCUCGUGGUCAAUCACGGCAUCAGCGAGAAGCUUAUAUCAGACGCUCAUGAAUACACGAGCCGUUUCUUUGAUAUGCCUCUCUCUGAAAAACAGAGGGUUCUUAGAAAACCCGGCGAGAGUGUUGGCUACGCAAGCAGUUUCACCGGCCGCUUCUCCACCAAGCUUCCAUGGAAGGAAACCCUUUCUUUCCGGUUUUGCGACGACAAGAGCCGCUCAAAAUCUGUUCAAGAUUACUUCUGCGAUGCGUUGGGACAUGGGUUUGAGCCAUUUGGGAAGGUGUAUCAAGAGUACUGUGAGGCAAUGAGUUCUCUCUCACUGAAGAUCAUGGAGCUUCUGGGGCUAAGUUUAGGCGUAAACCGGGACUACUUUAGAGACUUUUUCGGAGAAAAUGAUUCAAUAAUGAGACUGAAUUACUACCCUCCAUGUCAGAAACCAGAUCUCACACUAGGAACAGGACCUCAUUGUGAUCCAACUUCUCUUACCAUCCUUCACCAAGACCAUAUCAACGGCCUUCAAGUCUUUGUGGAAAAUCAAUGGCGCUCCAUUCGUCCCAAUCCCAAGGCCUUUGUGGUCAAUAUCGGCGAUACUUUCAUGGCUCUAUCGAACGAUAGAUACAAGAGCUGCUUGCACCGGGCGGUGGUGAACAGCGAGAGUGAGAGGAAAUCACUUGCAUUCUUCUUGUGUCCCAAAAAUGACAGAGUAGUGAAGCCACCAACAGAGCUUUUGGACAGCAUCACAUCAAGAAGAUACCCUGACUUCACAUGGUCUAUGUUCCUUGAGUUCACUCAGAAACACUAUAGAGCAGACAUGAACACUCUCCAAGCCUUCUCAGAUUGGCUCACCAAACCCAAGAAAUAAAAUAUCCAUGUCUCUUGUCUUGUUAGUUACUAGCUACUACUAUCUUUUAUACAUUUCAUGUAUGUAUAUAUAUGGUAAUAUGCAAUAAUAACACCUUUAGCAUUUCAUUUAUUAAAUCCAUUCGUUAAACUACCAUACAAAUACACCCACAACUAUUUAACAAAUCAAGAAGAUAUUUGUAAAGAUCAAUAUCCAUCUAAAUUUUAACGAGAAUAUAUAUAUCGAUAUGGGAACAAUUGGUUUAGCUAAUAGCAAGUUCAGGGAACCGGAGAAGACAAAUCAAUACAAACACAGUGAACACACCAAUGUCUACGACAAAUGAUUACAAAAAUAAGGUUAAAGAAAGUAACUUUGCACAUCAUGCAUCACCUUGGAGUUUCAUCAGAAAAAACAAACAUAUGGGACACCGUAUACUGUAUACAUAGGUCCAUAUAUAGCCUAACUAAGAAUGCUUUCUUUCUCACAAUCAUAAGACUUCCAACUCCCAAAUGAUAGAUAUAUGGAUUUGCGUGUUUUUGUUCAAAAUAACCACAUUUAUUGAUUUUCAUGUCCAAGCAAAAAAUUAAAAUUAAAUUUAGUUUACAGUUAAAAAAAGUCCAUAAAUAUAUAAACAUGUGAGCGUGUUUCUAUAAUAAGGUCUCUAGGAAACAAACACUUCAUAUCGAUGUCAAAUAUUGGUUAUUAUUGAAGGUCACCAGUAAUUAGAACAAUUUCAACCAGUUUUUACCAAUUUCAACAAUGAAUUUUUAGUCCAGUGAUCCAUCGAAACAAAAAAAAAAAUUGAAACCAAGGUCAAAAAAGCGAUUAAGAUGCCGAGAGGCAAAAACCCUGAUGACCCUAGGAAAUAUCGACCAUUAUUCAUUUUUUUCACCGUCUGUUCGUUUUAAAAGUUUUUGGAGAGAUAUAUCAGAUAUCUAAAACGAUAGCAUCCAAGACCAACCUUACCACGGUCUGGAUGAUUUUUCUCCUAUCUGGUGAGAUAGAGUUAGCUUUCCCGUGCAAACGUAACAGUGAAAUUUUGAAUUAUGUUUUGAAGUCAUAGGUCAAAGCUGCCUAAUAGAAGAUUCAAAACGAAAGAUGUAAAUAAAAUUUGUCACCGGAGAUGAUCUAGUCUGGCAAUCGUCCCGGGGAAAACUCACGUUAUGGAGUGUAGGUGCAUUUCCAGUAAAAUAUAAAUAAUUGAAUUUACUCUACACAGAAUAAAAAAA